ACCCUUCAAUUUCAUCAUAUUUACACCCCUAACCUUCCUUCAUUUUUGCUCCCCUAUUUUGUCUAUCUUCCUCCAUCUCUUGUGGUCUUACUUCACUGAUUGCUUUGCUUCGGUCUCUUCUACGCUUGAUCGAUGGCGCGAGGAACUUCCCAGUCUCAAACCGCUUCCUCCUCUACCUCCCGUCCCGGCGUCGUGGCUCCUCGCGGGUCUGCUGCUGCUACGGCUGGCUUACGUCGCCGCCGCCUUGGAUCCUCUGCUUCCGGUUCUGCAUCCGGUGCUGCCGGGGGACUCGGAGGUGGCAGCAGCAACAUGCUCCGAUUCUAUACUGAUGAUGCUCCGGGCCUCAAGAUCUCUCCCACUAUCGUCCUCGUGAUGAGCCUCUGCUUCAUCGGUUUCGUCACCGCUCUUCACGUGUUUGGCAAGCUUUAUCGCGGCAAGGUGGCUCCCGGAGCCUAAACUGAACGAUCCGAAACCAAGCCCCAACCCAAGUCCAAGUCAGAAGAUGUGCCUGUUGUUGCGGAUCUUUGACUGGUAACUGAAUGCUUUUUUUCCCCUUACCCACUCCCUUGUUGUGUUGCUCUGUAAAUGAUGGGAGGGUUGUAGCGAGUAGGAGCUUUGUUGUUGAAAUCGAAUUUGCAAUCGUUGGAUUCUAUUACUUGAUGGAAGUUAACAAGUGAGUUUUGGGUGUUCUAUUA